AUGACAAAGAUGAACACUCAAGCCUGUAACCCCACACCUCAUCCUGACACCUGCCCAAAGCUAGCCAGCAGAGCCCUACAGAAUGCAUGUGAAAGCACAAUGAGUAAGCCAGAAGACAAAGGUGAACCAAGCCUGAGUGAGCAAGGACAAGAGGAGGAACAGACUCCAGACUGUGGAGGUGACCUGCAAGACUACAAGGCCCAUGUGGUAUCUAAAUUCGACACAAGUAUGGAUGUAUGCUCUGACAGCCCAGAGAAGAAAGCAUUGUCUGAUGCUUUUACAGAAAGCCUCUGUCCUCACACUGUUCUACAUGGAAAACCAGGGAUUGGGAAGCUGGCUUUGGGAAGUAUCAUGCUGGGCUGGGCACAGGGAAAACUCUACCAAGACAUGUCCUAUGUCCUUUUCUUCUCUGUUAGAGAAAUAAAGUGGACAGAGAAGAGCAGUUGGGCACAGUUGAUUUCUAAGGAAUGGCCAGACUCCCAGGCUCCAGUGACAAAGAUCAUGUCCCAAACAGAAAAACUGUUGUUUGUCAUCGAUGAUUUUGACAAUAUGAACUCUGUCCUCCAUGAUGACAUGACACUUUCUGGAGACCGGAAGGAUGAACAGCCCAUAUACAUUCUGAUGUACAGGCUUCUGAGGAAGGCCCUCCUCCCACAGUCCUUUCUCAUCAUCACCACCAGAAACACAGGCUUAGAAAAACUCAAUUCAAUAGUGGUGUCCCCCCUCUACAUACUAGUUGAAGGACUGAUUGCAAUAAGGAGGAUUCAGCUAGUCCUCGAGAGCACCCCUGAUGACCAUCCAAGAAUGCAAGUCUUCCAAUCUGUGAUAGAAAACUCCCAGCUAUUUGACCAAUGCCAAGUCCCUUCCAUAUGCUCUCUGGUCUGUGAGGCUCUGCAGCUGCAGGAGAAACUGGGAAAGAUAUGUACCCCAGCCUUCCAGACCCUCACCAGUUUGUAUGCCACCUUUGUGUUCCACCAGCUCACCCCAAGAGAUCUUUUCCAGAGCUGUCUCAGUCAGGAAGAGCAAGUUGCUCUAGUGGGCUUGUGCAAGAUGGCGGCUGAGGGAGUGUGGAACAUGAGGUCAGUGUUCCACAAUGACAACCUGAAGACCCAUGGCCUAAAGGAGUCUGAGAUCUCAGCCCUCUUUCACAUGAACAUCCUUCUCCAGGUGGGCCACAGCAGUGAGCAGUGUUAUGUUUUCUUCCACCUCAGCCUACAGGAUUUCUGUGCUGCCUUGUAUUAUGUUUUAGAAGGACUAGGGGACUUGUAUCAGUAUAUUUUCAAUAAAAACCAAAAGAGCAACUUGGAGCUGAAGGAAACCAAUGACACUCACCUUCUCGGAAUGAAGCGUUUCUUAUUUGGCCUCACGAACAAGGAGACCAUGAGGACCCUAGAGGUUCUGCUUAGAUGUCCUCUAUCCCCAGCUGUGGAGAAGAAGCUCCAACAUUGGGUUUUUCUACUAGGGCAGCAGGUCAAAACCACUAGCCCAAAGGAUUACAUGGAUGCCUUCUACUAUCUCUUUGGGUCUCUGGAUGAAGAAUUUGUUCGUUCGGCUCUCAAAAACUUCCAAGAAGUGUGGCUUCUGGUUAACCAGAAGAUGGAUUUGAUGGUAUCUACCUACUGUCUUCAGCAUUGCAGGAGCUUGAAGGCAAUCCAGGUGGAUGUUGAAGACAUGUUCUCUGUGGAUAAGAUUCCUGAGCUGUGCCCUAUUGCUCCCCAGAAGACACAACAUAAGCACCUCCUCAUACAGUGGUGGGAGAAGUUCUGCUCUGUGCUCAGCACCCACUCAAAUUUGGAGAAGCUGGACUUGGGCAGCAGCAUCUUGAGGGCCAUGAAGAUACUGUGCCUCAAGCUGAGGAAUCCAUCCUCUAAUAUACAGAAUCUGAUAGUUGAGUCCAAAGGAGCCACUUCAGAAAGCACCUUCAUUAACAUGUUUCAACAAAUCCCCGGGAAGUCUCUGGACCUAAUCCCCAGACCAAAGGAAAG